CGAUAUAUGGGAUUUCCAGCAGGGGGCCCCAGCACACUACCGGUGUUCGAAGUCUCGUCACAUAAUGGUGCAAACACCUUUUGUAUAUUUGGGAAACGGGAUUUAAAACAUCAUUUACAGCGGGAUGCACACACACUUGCUGUAUUUAGUCAAGGUGGAUCCGUAUUGAGCAAGGAAGGAUACAUUAGGGCGGAACAUGGGGAUCAUCACAAACACACACUCUGGGUGAGACAGUGAAAGCAUCAUCGAAGCGGCUUUGGCUGAAGCUGGAAAAGCGACUUCUGGCAGACAGCCGUCUCCUACACGUAAAGGUCGCGGAGACGAAACUCACCUCAUCAUCUGGAUUCCUACCAGCCUCCAUGUAGCUCCGAGCGACUGCCUUACAGCCGCGACUAUGGCCAAUGAUUAAACACAAGGAAAUUAUGAGCGAAAACAUCUGGGUGCGGCACGCUUUAGAGGAAAACGUUUCGCUCAGCCCGGAGGUCGUACGCAUUUUUUUACCUUUUGUAUUUCCUUACUGAUUGUCGUGGACAUCUUGGAUUUUUUUUGAUGUUCCGCGUCUUUAAUUCGCUCCAGUCGCGGGUGGUUUCGCCGUGGUCUUUGUCUUUAACCAGUCUGAGAGCCAUUGGGGGAGGAAAACACUUAAAAGUGCGAAAACAGCUGAAGAACUCGAGGACGGCUGAUUAAGAAGAAAUGUGCGCAGUGGGCCAGCUUCAAGUUGUUCUUUAAGUGGGCACCACUAGCUAGCUGCUAACCCGUGGCAAACUCGUAACUGAAAGCUGCCCAGCUUGCCGCUACUUAAUUCUCGAAAACAUUUUUUCGGAUACUGGCACCUUUUCCCACAACACGGACACCGAUAAAUGACGGGAAGGCUCGACGUAAAUUGAGGUAAUCAACCUGUUGGAUCUGUCAAAGGGCAACCACUGGGAUCCAGGUCCUUGAGUCAUAAAUGACAAGCCCGUGACGAUGUCCAAGCGGAGCUUCUUUGUUCGGCUGGUGCCGUGCCGGUGCUUGCGGGGUGAGGAGGAAGUGGUGACAUCUCUGGACUACUCCCACUGCAGCCUGGAGACGGUUCCUAAGGAGAUCUUCAGCUUCGAGAAGACGCUGCAGGAGCUCUACCUUGAUGCCAACCAGAUUGAGGAACUGCCUAAACAACUGUUUAACUGCCAGUUACUCAACCUGCUGAGCAUGCCAGAUAAUGACGUAACGGUGUUGCCCGCAGCGAUCGCAAAUCUGGUUAACCUCAGGGAGCUUGAUGUCAGCAAAAACAGUAUCCAAGAGUUCCCAGAAAACAUCAAGAACUGCAAAGUCCUUACUGUUGUAGAAGCCAGUGUGAACCCUAUUUCCAAGCUCCCAGAGGGUUUCACUCAGCUCAUCAGUCUGACGCAGCUCUACGUGAAUGAUGCCUUCCUUGAGUUUUUACCAGCCUCGUUUGGCAGGCUGACGAAGCUGCAGAUCCUGGAGUUGAGGGAGAACCAGUUAAAGAUGCUGCCAAAGAGCAUGCAGAAGCUCACACAGCUGGAGAGGCUGGACCUGGGGAGUAAUGAGUUCACUGAAGUGCCUGAGGUGUUGGAGAACCUGAAUGGACUCAAGGAGCUGUGGAUCGAUGGGAACAAACUGACUUUUCUUCCUGGGAUGCUGGGGAUGCUGAAACAGCUGGUUUAUCUGGAUGUGUCAAAGAACAACUUGGAAAUGGUGGAUGAAAAACUCUCCGGCUGUGAGAACCUGCAGGACCUCCUGCUCUCAAACAAUGCCCUCACACAGCUUCCCGACUCAAUCGGCUCUUUCAAGAAACUGACGACGCUGAAGGUGGACGAAAACCAGCUGAUGUAUUUGCCGGACUCCAUCGGGGGACUGACAUCUAUCGACGAGCUGGACUGCAGCUUCAACGAGAUCGAAGCCUUGCCCGCGUCCAUCGGCCAGUGCGUCAGCAUUCGGACUUUUGCUGCCGAUCACAACUUCCUCUCCCAGCUUCCCCCUGAGCUGGGCAGCUGGAAGAGCGCGACGGUGCUGUUUCUGCAUUCCAACAAGCUGGAGUCUUUGCCCGAGGAGAUGGGCGACAUGCAGAAGCUCAAAGUCAUCAACCUGAGCAACAACAAGUUAAAGAAUCUUCCCUACAGUUUCACUAAACUCAAUGAAAUGACUGCAAUGUGGCUGUCUGAGAACCAGUCAAAGCCCCUGAUCCCCCUCCAGAAAGAAGAGGAUCCAGAGACCCAUAAAACUGUGCUGACCAACUACAUGUUCCCUCAGCAUGCAGAGGACUUUAUCCCUAGCAGCGACUCUGAAAACUUCAAUCCGGCUCUCUGGGAGGAGCAGCGCAAGCAGCGAGCUCAGGUGGCCUUCGAGUGCGACGAGGACAAGGAUGAGAGAGAAACACCGCCAAGGGUUAGUGAAACACGUUUGUUUACGUUUGUGAUCGAAGGCCCCUUUCCCAACGGUGUGGCAUCAGACGUUGACGCUCCGGUCUCUUCCACUUGUCCCCAAAGUUCUUCUGCAACUGAAUCCAGAGAAACGUCCGAGCCCUUCAGCUCCCAGAAUAUUCCCCUCAAAUCUUCCGAAGGUUCAAUGAUGAACCACGAGGACACACUGGAGGACACCGAGGAGCUUUCAGAGGAAGAGGAGAUGAAAAUAGCAGAGAUGAGACCCCCACUUAUUGAGAUUUCAAUCAAUCAGCCUAAAGUAGUGACUUUAAGUAAGGAUAAAAAAGAUGAUGCUGAUUCUUUGCUGGACGACACCGUAGCCAACAGCAACCAGAACAACAGCAACUGCUCGUCGCCAUCGCGGAUGUCUGACUCUGUGUCUUUAACCACCGACAGCAGUCAGGACAACUCUCUGUGCACGCCAGAGAGGGAGUCCAAGAUGCCUUUCCUUCCAAAAAGCAGACAAGACGACGAGAAUAUGAACCAGCCAAAAGACACCACCCCUCUCCUCCACAAUGGCAAUGGCUCAGAACCGUCAAUCCAGACCCUGUUAAAAACCCAGCAGACCCCACCAGAGUACGACCUGUCGAUGGAAGCCUUCAUUGAGAAGGGGAUCACCAACGGAAUGGGGGACGCCUACACCAAGUGGGACCAGAUCAAUAUGAACGUGACCAAGCUGCCGCCGUACCACGCCCCGCAGUUCAGCGAGCUGGACAAAGCAAAGAACGGCUCGGUCAAUGACUGCAACGACUUCCAGAACGGGAACCAGCAGGGGAGCGACUGCAUCAACAGCCUGGUGAACAGAAGCCAAGGGACGAGAGCGGAGAUGUCCGCCUCGACGGGUGUGGCCGCCAGCAGCGACAUGUCGUUGUCUCGCAGCACUGAGGAGCUGUCUCCGGAAAAAAGAUGCCCGCUGCCGCCGCAAGUGACAAAAUCCCACAGCGUCAGCAACAUAGAAGCGGGCGGGAUGAAGCUGUACUCGUUCGAUGGGGACGACGAGGCUGCCGCAGCAGCGGCGGGUAGAAUAGUCCCAGGGCCGGGAGCUCAGGGUCAGAACAUCGUCCGGAGCAAAUCGGCCAGUCAGUUACUCAACGACCAGAAUCUGCAGGUCUACCCCGGCUCUUUAUCGUCUUCCUCAGACCUGCUGUCGUCCUCUAACCCUCCGGUCAGCACCAGCAGAUAUCCGGGUUCGUCCAGCAUGAGCAUGGGAGUCCCUCCCCCUCAGUAUAACAUCCAGUACGCGAGCAGCGCCGUGCCUAAAGACGGCCUCUGGGCUCAACGGGACCACCAAGGCUACCUCCCGCCUCAUCCACACUCCCUCGCCAACACCAACUACUCAAACCGUAACCAGGCACCUCCGUAUACUCUACAGCCCCAGCAGAGGGGCGUCCCUAUGGCCCCCAUGGGAGACUGGACCAAGGAGAGGCUUCAUUCUGCCAGUGGGCCGCCUCGAAGCAGCACUCUGCAGCGGCAAGGCAGCUCCGCCUCCUCAGUCUCCAUUGGCGACCCAAGGCGCGUCCAAGCUCCCGAGGGGGAGUACAUGACCUACAGGGACAUCCACACCCUCGCCAGGGGGCCACUGGCAAUGAGCCAGGCCAUGCAGAGGCCCUUCUCCGCUCGCACUUACAGCAUCGACACACCCAUCACUUCCAGGCCCGUCGCCGCCAGGCCCCAGCCCCACGAGCUUCCAGAAAGGACCAUGUCCGUUAGUGAUUUCAGCUACCAGCAAAGCAGCCCCAGCAAGAGGCCCAACACCAGGGUGAAGUCUGAGCACUCGCUUCUCGACGGGCCGGGUCAGGUGUCGGGAGGGAUGGGACCAGGGAGGGUGCCAACUGACUGGAGGGACCAAGUGAUGCGGCACAUUGAAGCCAAGAAAAUGGAGAAGAAUGCGCUGUCUCGCUCCUAUAAUUUCAAUACUUCUCCGCUGAGCUGGUCUCACUACGGCAGCUGUAGGGAUAUGCAUGCCAGCCAAGGGGGCAUGGCCUUUAGCGGAGCUGACCGACAGCCCUAUGGAGCCCUGAGCUUCCGUGAUGAUGUUUUUGUUCCCCAAGGGCCACAAAGCUACACCAUGGACCCCCACAGAAAAGUGCCUUUGAUGAAUGGUCAGAUGGGCCCUUCUGUUCGUCCUCAGAUGAGCCAGACCUCAAUGGCUCGUCACCCUUCCAGAGAGCAGCUCAUCGAUUAUCUGAUGCUCAAAGUCUCCCAGCAGCCCCACGGGCCUCCGCGCAUUCCUCACGACACGAUACAGCAAGAGAUCCGUGUGAAAGUAGAGAAGAAUCCAGAGCUGGGUUUCAGCAUAUCGGGCGGAGUGGGAGGCCGGGGAAACCCCUUCCGUCCCGAGGAUAAUGGCAUUUUUGUGACUCGAGUUCAACCUGAGGGGCCAGCGUCCAAAAUCCUUCAACCUGGAGAUAAAAUAAUUCAGGCAAAUGGCUACAGCUUUGUGAACAUCGAUCAUGGGAAUGCAGUGUCCCUGCUCAAGACGUUUCCAACCACUGUGGAUUUAACGAUCGUAAGAGAAGUGCAAGCGUAGACUCGACUGCAUCUGUCCGACAGACCGGUGCACCACAAGAAAGGAGAGCAAAGAAA